UCUCUUAUUAUACCUAUAAAAUAGUUGAUAGUUGAUAGAUUGGCUCUAACUGUCAGUACAAACUUUGCUGGGAAACCACGAGCUACUUGCGGGAUCUCAAGCGUCUGCGUGACAUGCCAAACAAACCACAGCUGGAAUCAAGUUUGCUAUAGACCUCAUAGAGUUCAAUUUCGGAAAUGAAAGAGAAAAACCGAAUUAAGCGAUCAUGUCAUCGGCAGGGCGUUGACGUGUAAAGGGUCUUCGUUCUAUAUUGUCAUCCUUCCUAAUAUGCGCAUAUGAUAGAGGUCCAACUUCCUUCCUUUCGCAAGACCACCUCACUUUGACAAUGGCUCAAGCUCAGCCAGGGCGGCCCGCACAAAGCAGAGACCUCUUGGUGCUCACGAGUAUCUUUGCCGGCCUCUGCGUAGGCUGUGGGUUGGUUUUGUGUUGUUGCUUGUAUCAUUGUAUAAAACGGCGAAGAAGACGUCAAGAGCUUCAGGCGCGCAGACGAAGGUCCAAGAUGGCUUACGCACACACUCGAUACCUCGAUGCAAAUGGACGUGUCGUGAGUCAGAAUAGAUCGCGUCCCUGGGGAGGAGAAUCCCACUUCCACUCGCGCUGGCCAUCACAGAUGCUGGUGAAUAACAGUGCUGAUAAGACUCGCCCACGAAGACACCGGCGAUCAAGACGGAGACCGUUGCCUGAUGACUUUUAUGCCGCAAACAGUACCCACAGAGCAGAGCCGCUACAGACACUGGGUGAGGACUACACGUCUGGAAAUAUGUACAGGCCAAAUAAGAUGCAUGAGGAGGAGAUUUCGAGACCGCGCCCAGCACAUCUCAGGGCUACGCGUAUGGAUUUCGAUCCCGUCGACGAGUAUCAGCAGCAUCCUACUCGAGAAAGAGAUCGUUUCUCACCCAGAAGAGGGUUGAGGACAGGACCGCAUAUUGAUGAACCUGAAAGAGGCCGGACGUCGAGAAGGACUCCGUAUUCACGAGAAGCGCCCGCUGAGCGCUGGAGAAGGCCACGCGAGAAUGAAGUCGAAUAUGAAGGAAUACGGACCUCAAUGCAAGAGACACCUUCCAUUGACUCGUCGCGAGAUCUCAUAGAUGGGUUUUCUGCUAGCUCUCCACAUUCUGGUCCGCGUCUCACCGUCUUGGGGAGGCCAUUUGCACUAGAUUGAACAGCUAA